AUGUCAAAUUCAACAGAACCUCCCGUAUAUACCCUUGCAGAGGGAAGACCGGUCCAUGACCCGACUUCAUCAGUGGUCCUCCGUGGACCCAAAGUCCGUGGUGGUGGUCUAGCAUUGUUGGAGGACACUCAACUGAUCGAGACGUUGGCUCAUUUUCCACGAGAGAGAAUCCCAGAAAGAGUCGUGCAUGCAAAGGCAGCCGGAGCUUGGGGAGAGUUUGAGUGCACUCACGACAUAACAGAUUGGUGCUCAGCCGCCUUCCUCAGCAAAGUCGGCAAAAAGACCGAAGUCCUUGCCCGUUUGUCCACUGUGGCCGGCGAGAAAGGAUCAUCCGACACAGCGAGAGAUAUCAGAGGUUUCGCCCUGAAAUUCAAGACCGAGGAAGGCAACUGGGAUUUCGUGGGCAACGACUUACCGGUGUUCUUCAUCAGAGAUCCAAUCAAAUUCCCCAGCUUGAACCGCUCUCAUAAGAGGCAUCCACAGACUGGCGUCGCCGAUGGCAGCAUGUUUUGGGACUUCCACAACCAUAACCAGGAGGGCGUUCACUGCCUGAUGCAAUUGUUCGGUGGUCGUGGUGUGCCCGCCUCCCUGCGCAAUGUCAACGGAUUCGGCAACCACACAUUCAAGUUCGGAAAACCAGAAACGGGAAGUUUCAAGUACGUCAAGAUCCACUUCAAGCCUGACGCCGGCAUACAGACACUCUCCCAAGAGGAAGCUGUUCGUCUCGCAGGAGAGGAACCCGACUACCACGUCAAAGACAUGUUCAAUGCAAUCGAGCGUGGUGACUAUCCUACCUGGACGAUGUCUUUGCAAGUCAUGGACCCGAAAGACGCAGAGACGUACAGAUGGAAUAUUUUCGAUAUCACCAAGGUGUGGCCACACAAGGACUACCCACUCAUCCCCGUGGGUAAACUCACCUUGAACCGCAAUCCCGAAAACCACUUCCAGGAGAUCGAACAGGCCGCAUUCUCUCCUUCCACGUUAGUACCUGGUAUCGGGCCGUCUGCAGAUACAAUGCUGCACGCGCGAAUGUUCAGUUACCCCGAUGCCGCCAGGUAUCGUGUUGGAGCCAAUUACCAGCAACUGCCACCGAAUCGACCUUUGAAUGCGUACUCGCCCUUCCAACGAGAUGGACCGAUGAGGUUCGAUGGCAAUUAUGGUUCCGACCCUGACUAUGUUCGGUCGUCCUUCCGCAAAAUCAGAAGUGGUCCGGCAGACGUUGCGCACGACGAAUGGGUCGGUCGUGUCCAGGCAUACUCGUCGGACGUGGAGGAAGAGGACUUUGACCAACCGCGAAUGCUGUGGAAAUUGUUUAAAGAAAACGGCGAGGACAAGGAAUUCUUGCACAACCUCUCAGGCCACGUCAGUAAGGCUUUGCCCGAGGUCCAGAAGGGAACUAUCGAAAUGUGGAACAAGGUCGACAAGGAGAUUGGGGACCGUCUGGCCGAGGCGCUGGAGAAGUCCAACCAGAGUGCUGAUCAUGAUACAGCACCACCCGUUCAGACGGUACUCGCCGCUCAUCGCAAGUGA